ACACACACACACACACACUGACUUCAUCUGCCGCUCACCCAGAGACCUAACAGAGACUGAGAAGAUCCCAGCAGGAGACGCGCAAGCUGCACACGCAUCAAAAGGAGGACCUACUGCUCCUGCGAGGAAGACUUUUAAAUCUAACCUCGGUGAUUUUUCUCUUGUGUUUUGGUGCCACAAUGUCCGAGGUGCUGCCAUACAACGAGGGCAAAAUGAACGGCUACGGGGCGGACAGUGAGGUUAGUCAGAUGUCCUUUAGUUGUGGACUGCAGGACACAAACGCCUUUUUCGCUGCGUCGCAGGCGAAAAGACCCCCAAAGCUUGGACAGAUCGGCAGAGCCAAGCGAGUGGUCAUCGAGGACGAUCGAAUAGACGAGGUCCUGAAGGGGAUGACAGACAAGUCCUCACCCGGCGUUUAAACGUCAUCGUUGCCUUGCAGACUUUUUUAAUUUCCGAUCACCGAUUUGAAGCACUUGUCGGCUGUGCAUGUUCGAGGAUUGCGGGAGAAAAAACGGCAGCUCGGAAGCGAUGAGAAGGACGGCGAAAAGAGAAGAGGCUAAUGGACUGGGCUUUUUUUAUUUUUCAAAAAUAAAAACAGAUAGGGGGAAAUAUGUGAGGAAGAGGAGAGAGGUGAAGGAAUAAUGACAGACUCUGGGUGAAAAAGACCAAGAUUUGUCGUGGGAUUGCUGGCAAUUCUCCAAAAAGCGAAUCCCGAUUUUUAACCACUGGUGCGCAGCAGGAUGUUUAGAUGGCGGACUCCGCUCUGUAUCUCAACCUCUGCUGAUUUAGAUGAAGGAUGAACUUGUCAUUUCAUCACCCACCGCCUCUUUCUGUUUCUUUCAUAACAAAAACAUGAAAGAAAAAACGCGCUGUAAGCAACCAAACACUGCAACUAGAGGGCAAAGCAGCCCUAUUUCAAUAAGUUGUACAGUAGGUAAGCUGUAAGUUCUCCCCCCUCCUCCCCCACUCCUCUUAGGCUUUGCUUUGUUGAUUCGGUCAGCGACGGUGCAUUUAGAGGGAGCUGUCCUUUCAGCACUGGUCCAACGCAUUCCUGUUGCAGCUAAAUGCUUUAUUUCAGAAACAGACCAACCAAACUCUACUCGAGGACACUCUUUGUAUAAAAACAUAUAUCCGAGGAUGGUGCAAUGUUGAUAUCUUCUGUAGUGAAAAAACAACAACAUUUUGAGCAUCAAAACAAACAGAUAUAACAGAGAUACAGGCUAUAUUCCUUAUAUUACCUACCCAUCAGUGGUUAUGGUGCAGGUUGGCACCUUCUUGUAGCUAAGUUGCCUGCACAUAUCUUUAUUUUAUUAUAUUUAUUUCUUAUUUUCCAAACAGAUAUCUGCAGAGGCCAACAACAGAGUGGAGAUUAAAUGUUUUAAAUAUGAAAUAGAUGGGAUAAAAUAUGAUCUAAAAUGAUUUAGAGUUGUUUAAUUUUAGAUAUUUUGUGUGCUUUUUCUGUUCUGUAUGGAAUCAGAAUUAUUUCUGCCCCAUCUAUUUGCAUGAACUCUCCCUCCUGGUGCCAACGCAGGUGCCACCACUGUUACCCUGGCACGCUUCUUUUUAACAAAAAGUCCUAUUUGUAUUUUUAUAUCUAAAUAUUUGUUAUUUAAAUUAUAUGCUAGUCUAUCAUCUUACAGUUCAUCAACACAGAUAUUUGUACUUCAGAGAGGAUAUAAUGACUGAGACUGGGUUUAAUACUGGUGAAUCAAAGAAUUUUUCUGGACUGGUCUCGUUCUAUAUCACAGCUCAGACGUUUUUAAGACUAAAUGAAUGUGUCGGAGUUUGUUUUUUGCACACAUCAAUGUUAAACUAUUAUUAAGAAAUCGUUUACUGUGAGUUAAGCUUCAUUGAUGAAUUUGUUAGAAAAUGGCAGUUUUAGAGUAUAUUGCACUGUUUACGAGUAUCCUCAAAUAACAUGUUGUUAUUUGACCUAUUUUGGACAUUAUUGUUCUUUCUUGUUUUUUAAUUAUGUUUAUUUUGUAUCAUAAUUUUCAGGAAAUGGUUUGUUGUGCAUGAAACGUUAAUAUUUUCAAAACGAUACAUUGUUUUAUGAAGCAAAAAAGCAACAGAAAUGUCAUGACAUUCUAAGAAUGAGUCAUUGUACAUUAUGAUGCCAUUUUCACUGUAUUUGGUGAAUUAAUAAAUGGUGACAGAAAAUGCUAA